GUAAUUAUUCUCUUGUUUUUGUUUAAGAGCGGGUCUUGCUGUGCAGCAGGCCAGGCUGACCUGCAACUCUGCGUUUUCCUUUACCUCCUGAGUACUAGUAUUAUAGAAGUGAGCCACCAUGUGCCUAGUGGUCUCCUCUUUUUUUUAUAACUGCUUAUAGCAAUAACCAAUCCAUAACUAAUAAAUAAAUUUUCUCAUAGCCAUGCCUCAGAGGCUUCAAUGUGAAGUAAAAGGUCAGGCAUCUGAAUACAUGAUUUCAUUUUGUCAAAUUCCAUCCCUGUUUAGCAUCUUGUCCCCAAGUUCAUUGGACAUGGCUCCACGUUCACAACGGCGAAAGCACAAGAAACCCCCACCUGUGACUCCCAUGGUUGUAAUCCCACCCACAGAAAUAUCUUCGGAACCUUCAACCCUCUUAAAAGCUGACCCUAGCAUUGAUGCACUUGGCUUCAUUUCCUUGGAUAAUAAUGUACCAGGUCUGUCCCAGUUGAUACUUCAAAAGCUGAACAUGAAAAGCUAUGAAGAAUACAAGUUGGUAAUAGAUGGGGGAACCCCAGUAUCAAGCUUUGGAUUUCAGUGUCCACAAGAAAUGUUCCAGAGGAUGGAGGACACGUUUCGAUUCUGUGCUUACUGUAAAGCACUCCCUUGCAGACUUCCAGAUCACAAGGUUCUCCGGCACUGUAAGAGGUGCAGAAAUGUCUAUUACUGUGAUACAGAGUGCCAGAGGUCAGAUUGGCCAGCACAUAGGAAGGUUUGUCAAGUGCUCCGUCUUGUGGCUGUGGAUCGUGUCAUGGAAUGGCUUCUGGUUACAGGUGAUUUUGUCCUACCCUCAGGACCUUGGCCAUGUCCAGCAGAAGAUAUACAGGAUUGGGAUGCCUGGUUUACUAUGAGGGGUUUACAGCUAGAGUCUACACUGAAUACGGUUCUCAGUAGCAAUGCUAUGACCAUGCUUUGGGCCAAUCUAGGAAGGCCACAGCCAGAACCUGAUGUUCUGUACAGCUCUUUGAAGCGGUUGAUAACAGAUGUUCUGUCACGGCCCUUGACCCUGGGCCUAGGGAUUCGGACUCUGGCCGUAGAUGUUGGGAAGACUGGAGGAAGCACAUUGCAUAUAGUUGGUGCUUCCCACGUGGAGACAUUUCUCAUUCGUUCUGGAGAUUAUGAUGAGCUUGGCUAUAUGUUUCCUGAACAUCUUGGUCUCCGUGUGAUCAUGGUGGGUGUGGAUGUGGGUGCUAACCUUUUACAGAGUUCCUCACCUUUACCCCUGGAACCUGGAACAAUUCAGCUUAGUGGCCACAAGGCUCUGUAUCAUGACUUCUGGGAGGAGCAGAUAGAGACUGGGAAUCUAGCCCAUCCAGAUUUGGUGGCUGCAUUCCAUCCAGGUUUUCAUGCCUCCCCAAUCUUGAUGGAAGCUUGGCUACCUACCCUGCUGCUACUUCGUGACCAUGAGAUUCCAACGUUGAUUACUGUUUACAGCCAACAGGAAUUGGAAGCCUCUUUGCAGAUUCUGGUGAACUUGGAUACACACAUCAUUGCUUGUGGAGCUAAUCCUUUCACAUCCCUCAAACCUGAACAGGUUUAUUCUAACCCUAAUAAACAGCCAGUUUACAGCAGUGCCUACUACAUCAUGUUUCUUGGAAGUUCCUCCUGCCAACUAGAGAAGCAAUUAGAAGAAAAAGCAGAUGACUUUUCAAUAAUUGAACCAAAUCCUAACCUGAAAAAUGGAAGCUUGUUCAAAUCACCACAUUGAUGUCAAAUUGUUGCCAGCUUUGAGAUCUGCUGAAUGCUAAACCUUAUUCACAGUCCAAGUAAAGAUUCUAUACCAAUGAACGCUCAGUAUGACAUGACUCAUUUCUGAUGUUACCCUAGUCCUGGGAAUUGAACACGGGGCUUUGUAUGUGCUAGGCAUGUGCUUGACCAGUGAGUUAUGUUCCCGGCCGUCUGUUGUCAUUUGUUUUUUGUUCGCUUGUUUUGAGACAGACUGUCAUGAAGUAGCCUAGACUGGCCUUGAAUUUACUAAGGUCUGCGUCAGCCUCACAAGUAGGAGGGGUUUCAAGCUUGUACAAGCUUGAUUUAACUUGUGUCUAAAAAGUUAGCUAUGGAUAGGUGUGUGUGUGUAAGUGUGAAUGUCUCACUGUUUGUUUUUUUUUGGUAGUGUCCAACAAAGUUGGAACUAUAUAUGCAUUUGCCACUGCACAAUGGUAUGUUGAGGCUUCUUAAAUCACUUGUUUUGUUUUCUAUUUACAGUCACAUACUACUCACCUGCACAAGAAAAAAAAAGACCUGAAAAUUAGAG